AUGAAUCUAGAAAACCAAGCAACUACGGUGAGUGAUAUUCCGAGCCGCCCAUUGCUGACCCUGGUCCACCACCCAAAAGCUUCCUGUUUGACUAAGUACGGAAAGCGACACAAAUUAGUAGCACAUGACGAAGCAGAUGUUCAUCAACUCAGAAACGUAAUCUCUGAAACGAAGGAGAUUGUGCAUUUGUAUUUGGAGGCGUUUAAAGGAUGGGUCGAACAAACAAAAGAGGUUGACAAGAUUUUAUCAUACAAUAUUGACAACAUUGUAUACAAUGUUGACAACAUUGUAUCUGAUAAUGAUGAAGAGAGUUCACGAGAAAAAACUGCGACAGUGAAUACGAUGGAAGAAGAAUAUUUAUAUGAGUUUGGAAGACUAGAUGAUUUGUAA